UCACCCGGAGCCACGCUUCCCCGCACCGCCGCCGCCCAUUCUUAUUUAUUAUUCUUAUUUAUAUCUCCCCCCACCACCUCCUGUCUGCUUCCAUACCGAGACGCCUGGGCUUGUCACCCGCCCGCGCUUGUCAAUAAAGUUAUUUCAUGUCUGGCUGGAAAGGAGAGGGCGCGUGCGCAGUGGCGGCCGCUGGGGAAUGGGAGCAUGCGCAGUCGGCCAGACCCGUCCGGCUCCAGUCUCCUCUCUCCGGCUCCGGCGGGCGGGGUGCUCACAGUCAGAGACUGGCGGACGGCGGCGGCUCUACCACCCGACCGAACCCCGGAGGGGAACGGAGCGGGGCCAAGAACGCCCCGACGGCGGCUGGGAGCGGGAACGCGCGUGCGCGCGCACACGGGAGGACGGCGAACUACUUCUCCUCAAGGAUGGCGGACGCGGUCCAUUACAUCCACCUGCAGAACUUUAGUAAGAGUCUCCUGGAAACCCUGAAUGCCCAGCGUCUGGGUGGACACUUCUGUGACGUCACCGUGCAUAUCCAUGACGCGACUCUACGAGCCCACCGCUGUGUGUUGGCGGCAGGCAGCCCCUUCUUCCACGACAAGCUUCUCCUGGGUUACUCUGAGAUCGAGGUCCCACCAGUGGUCCCAACGCAGGUGGUGCAGCAGUUGGUAGAGUUCAUGUACAGCGGGUCGCUGGUUGUGGCCCAGUCCGAGGCUCUGCAGAUCUUGACGGCAGCCAGUAUCCUUCAGAUUAAAACCGUCAUUGACGAAUGCACGCAGAUCAUAUCGCAGAGCAGGGCGAACAAGCCCGUGACCAUCGCUGCGGCAAUGGCUCCUUGCGGACCUCAGAGUCGCUCGUCCAUGAACAAAAUCCAAGAGCAGCCCACCAAGGAUGCGGACUGCUCGGCGACUUUGGCGAUAAGAGACUCGAGUUGCUCCUUGCCGUCUUCUUUACGAUCCAACGACAUGGAGAUCAUGUCUCAGAUGGGGACAGUUAGCGAAGCGCCAAAGUUGCUCUGCGCCUCGGAAGUGCGCUACAAGUUGAGGGACAUGCUGUCGUCGCAGCAGCGGCAGAUUCCAGAAGUCCGGGAGAUCGCCGCGUCGGAGGUCGAGCACGUCCCAGACAGCGACGGAAUGACGACGGCUUACCUGACGCAAGCGGAGGCUCCUCAGAGCUGCCACAGCCGGAAACAACGCCAGCCGGUGCGUCUUCAGAUCUCCGACUCAGUCCCUGUGAUCAUUAAGGAUGAAGAGGAGGAGGAAGAAGAGGAGGAUGAUGGGAACGGCAAAGAGGAUAUGGAGGAGGAGAAGGUGACCCCGGUGUUCACGGAGUGCAGCGGAGGGUUUACCAGCUGCGGCGAAACCGAGAAAGUCAGAAGUCCGGACGAUAAAGUCCGUAACGCCGGCAACGGGCGGAAAGACUCAACGACCGGCCAGAUGGAAUUUCCUACCGAGGGGCAGGACUUCUUUUCCAACCAGGAUGUCUUUUCAGAAACCUUUAUUCCUCCUUGGCAAAACGAAGAGAACCUGUCAGAGGGCAACAGGGAGACUUCGAUGGACACUGCAGACAAAUUCAGGUCUGACUGUAGUUUAGAGGGCUCGAGCCUUAGGAACCUGGCUGUAGUGGCUAGCUCUGACUUCAAGUCCAGCCCCCCCUUUAAUGCCCGAGUCGGGGAGUCCAGGGGGCUCCCGUUUGUGGCGUCUGUCCUUAACCGAGACCUGAAGAACACCGUCUCGGCCGCUGUGGCCACGAGUUCUUCCAGCAUCUUCCAGUUCCACCUGACGCACCCCAACCAAAAUCAGCCCGGGGUCACGCAGGGUUUUUUCAGCGUGCAGCAAGAAGGCGCCGGAAACGUCGUCCAAAUGAAUUCUAAUCUAGUCCCUGGAAACCUGCAGAACGACCAGACCCAGCGCCCGGGACCCUCCCGAAACCCCGAACCGUCCUACGUCUGCAGUCACUGUCAGAAGACCUUCAGUUCUCGGAAGAACUACACCAAACACAUGUUCAUCCAUUCUGGAGAGAAGCCCCACCAAUGCAGCAUCUGCUGGCGCUCCUUCUCCUUAAGGGAUUAUCUUCUCAAACACAUGGUGACCCACACCGGCGUCCGGGCUUUCCAGUGCUCCAUCUGUUGCAAACGCUUCACCCAGAAGAGCUCGCUCAACGUCCACAUGCGCACCCAUCGCCCCGAGCGUUUCCAGUGCUGCUUCUGCAAUAAGUACUUUUCUCACCGCACCCUCCUGGAGAGACACAUCGCCACACACACCGCCUGAUCGGUACAACCUUCUCGACAAACGGAAGCUUUGCCACGUCAUGCCAGCCGCUGCCCGGCCCGGCUUCUAAGGAGAGGGAUGGGACUUGGCACCAUCUGCCUCGUCCUUGUGAGCUAUAUCUCCCCCCCCAAAGACUUACUAUUGAUGUUUAUCAAUAUAUUUGUUACAUAAUGCAGCACUUAUCAUAUGGUAUCCAAAGGUGGAUUCAUCAUGGAAGGAAGGGAAUGAAAAGAACGUUAUGGCUUCAUUCCCUCCGCCUUUUUUUUCGAGGAUUUUCUACACUAAAACGGCAUGCAAGCACUUUUAAUAUGCAUGCGCCGGGACUGUCCAGGGGGGGUUCCAGUAUUGGAUCCCUAGAGAGGACCAUCGUCCAGAGCGGAGAUUAUGUUCCCUGGUGGAACACCAUUUUAUUUUUUUUUCCAUAUCAGUAGGGACCCAGCAGUAUUGUGAUCCAUCAUCUGCUUUUAUGGAUGAGUAGGUUGGUUGGGAUGCAAUAGGGUGAGGUAAGGGAUGGGGGAGGGGGGGGUCCUGCCGUAAUUAAUACGGCAGUGGAGACUCUUCACUCUUUCAACGCUUUCUCCAUGAGAAAAAGUCAUGUCCGCGCAUGCCUAUAAGAAAUUGGGUGCGAAGGUUGGAGGACAAUGACGCCAUAGUGUAGGACCUGAGACCAGCAGAACAAUGGCAAAGGUGCUUGCGUAGCAAACUUAUGAAGGAAAAAAAAAAACUGCGUUGCUCAUUGCGACAGAUCAUUCUUUUUCAUUCUGCAUCUGUUUUGGUUGGACAACGCAAACCGCUUCUCCUUUUUUUUUUUUCUUUUUAUAUUAUGUCUUCUGUAGUAGAAACCUCUUUCAUUUUGUACUUUUUACAAAUCAUUAUUUUCAGUAACCUAGCUUGGCGUUUUUUUUGCGAAUAAAUCCAAAGUGUAAGUUGACCUACUUAUAAUAACUAUUCUGAUCUAUGAUGCAUAUCCAUUUAAGGUCGGCUUUGUCGUGGCCAGAGACGUAGAAUCCACCCGCUCAGCACUGCCCUGGACCAGGUUUGGUUCCUGCUUAGGUGGUGGCAUUGGCUCUGCGUUGGCUCCGCAGUAUACUGAAGCUGUCCAAGGUUUAGCUCUUUUUUUUUUUUUUCCCCAUAGUGCCUCACUGAGAACAUCAAAUCUUUUCUCGCAAUUCUUCCCUUCCUGACAAAAUAAUUUUGUGGCUGCAGUCGCACAACUGCACACUAAAGCUACUUUUUAGGCAAGGGUUGGGGGGGAACCUUUUGCAAGGAUUUGACGAAUAUGGAGAAAAACCCCCUUAAAGAUUCCACGGUGGGCAUUACUUUUGAAACCACCAUUCUUCAUAGUGUUUGUGAUAAAUCGCUGUGUUGACCACAUUGUUGCACGUUCUUUAUAGUUUUUCUUGAUGAUGUAAGCUGACAUGUGCGGUGGGUUUACUGGUCGCUCACAGAACGCAAACCAAGGCAUUUAUGUGGAGGGCCCUAAGGGGGGAACCAAGGGAAGUUAAAGGUGAACUCCAGGCAAACGGAUACUUUUGCCAACCAUGCUGCAGAUUCCACUACAUCUAAGCAAUGCAGAUUGAUCCUGGAUCCAACCCCAGCAAAGAAACUGCAGCACAUUCAUAAAGUCUUCUUUUUUAUCUGUACGUCCUCAUAGGGCAAAGCUCUGAUUGCCGCUACGGUCUGGUUCACACCUAUGCAUUUAUUUUUUAUUUUUUUUGUGCGUUUUCAGUUUUGCAGAAGCUC